AUGUGCGAACUCUUUACAGCAACGCAUAGGGGUCAUGAUGGUAGACCAUUCAGGAUGGCUGUCAUUGGGUCAGGACCUGCUGGGUUUUACACAGCUUAUAAGGUGAUGUCUAAAAUUGAGAAUUCAAUCGUGGACAUGUAUGAGCAUCUGCCAGUGCCUUUUGGCUUGGUACGAUUUGGUGUUGCUCCCGACCAUCCCGAAGUGAAGAAUUGUCAAGAUAAAUUUAACGAAGUAGCUGAAUCGCCAAACUUUAAUUUCAUUGGAAAUAUAUCUAUAGGAGAUCAUUCUGGAGCUUUGCCUCUCGCAUCGCUGUUGCCACAUUAUGAUGCCAUCUUAUUUGCCUACGGCGCAUCUCGAGAUCGUACUCUAAAUAUACCAGGAGAAGAUAAUUUGAAGGGUAUAUAUUCGGCGCGGGCAUUUGUAGGAUGGUACAAUGGACUGCCGGAAUAUGCGGAUCUCGAACCGGAUCUUACACAGGGGGAUGAAGCUAUACUUAUCGGGCAAGGAAAUGUAGCAAUGGAUGUUGCAAGAAUCCUAUUGCAAGAUCCAGACGUACUGCGCACGACUGAUAUUACGAAGAGAGCUAUUGAGAUUCUGCAGAAAAGUCAAGUCAGGAGAGUGAGGGUAGUGGGGAGAAGAGGUCCUCUACAGGCGGCGUUCACGAUUAAAGAGGUUCGUGAGCUGGCAAAAUUGAGUUCUGUAGCUUUUCAUCCUGUUGAUAGAUCAUUAAUCCCGGAGGAUAUCUCAAAAUUGCCUAGAGCUUCGAAGCGAAUUAUGGAAAUCAUCAAAAAGGGGUCAAGUGCUUCCUUAGAGUCGGCCACUAAAUCAUGGUCACUUGAUUUCUGCCUCUCACCGAUAUCAUUCAAUCAAAGUCAUCAAACUCCCUCUCAGUUGGGCAGCAUGUCAUUUGAGAAUACUUUACUGAGCCCAGAUCCCUUUGAUCCUACAGCGAAGGCAAUUGGCACAGGAAAAAUGGUAGACCUUCCAGCCUCUCUAGCUUUUCGAUCUAUUGGAUAUAAGUCAGAAGCUUUGCCAGGAUUCUCAGACCUAGAUAUACCAUUUAAUGAUCGCUUGGGCAUCAUACCUAACGAUCCAUUGGGCCGUGUAAUCAACGAUAAUCUAGAAUGGUCAAGUUCAGAUUCGUCCAAGCACAUCCCAGGGAUGUAUUGUGCCGGGUGGGUAAAACGGGGGCCGACGGGUGUAAUUGCUAGUACUAUGCUAGAUGCUUUCUCAACUGCGGAUACGAUAGCGGAAGACUGGUACGCGCACGCGACAUUUCUCAACGGUAAUGCUGGAGGCUCUGGCCUUGGAUGGGAUGGGGUAAAGACUGAAGCCGGCAAGAAAGGAUGUCGAAGAGUCAGCUGGCAAGGCUGGCAGAAGAUUGAUGCAGCCGAGCGAAGGAGAGGUAACAGUAAUGGAAAGGAACGGGAAAAGUUUACAAGUGUGGAAGACAUGCUCAAGGUUCUAGAUUAA